UGAUUAUCAAUAUUGAAAAAAAAACUGAACUGAGAGAUAUAUUAUAUAAAUAUAUUAAAGAACGAUUUCGACAGUGAAUCGUUUCUUUCAGCAGUCGUUUUUUUGUUUUUAUUCUAAAAGGCCGAGAAUUUAUGAGGCUGAGAGAGAGAGCCUUCUUCUGCUUUUUUUUCCGAGUUUAAAACUGUGUUUGGUGUUUGUUUGUUGUGUGGCUCUGUUUCAAUCUCGUAAAGAUUAUUUCUGGGUGGCCUCUCUCCUUUAGAUACUUCUUAUCUUCUCCCUCUCACUAAUUUUGCGGUAAAGAAGCUUCCUUUCUUUUUUUUGGCUCUUUACAUGAUCAAAAGAUUUGCAUUUUUUCUUGUAUAUAUUUUUAUCUUUUGAGUGUUGUUGUUCUUAAAUGGGUCUCCUAGGUUCUUGAGUUUUCUUCUGUUUAUAGCCUAGGGUUUGUUUCUUGAGUGGGAUCACUUAAAAAAGGGGCUUUACAUUGUGAGAGUCUAAGUUCUUGGCGAAUGUGUAACGAUCUUUAAGCAAUGAGCUGUUGAAUCCGAAAUGAUUCCAGUUAGAGUUGGGAAUACAGAGAAGUCAUUGGUUACGUGUUGGUUUCUGGUUAGCUUUUGGUGGAUGUUAAAUGGAAGGUUCUUCAAAUUCUAACUCUAGGGGAUUCAAUACCUCUGGUGUUUCAGAUAGGAACACUGAGUUCUUACCUGUUGAGAGACUCACUACUCGUUCCAAGCCUUCCUCUCAUGUUGAUGAGUAUGUCAGAAGCUUGUUUGGUAGUACUAGCACACACAAGUCUGGUGAAGAUGAUUCUUUAGGGAUUGAUCCUUUUGUUAGAUCCUUGGAAUGGGGUGAUGUUAGUUUGAGACAGUGGCUGGAUAAACCUGAACGAUCUGUUGAUGUUUUCGAGUGCUUGCACGUUUUCAGACAAAUUGUUGAGAUUGUGAAUGCGGCUCACUCUCAAGGCAUUGUUGUUCAUAAUGUCAGGCCAUCAUGUUUUGUCAUGUCUUCGUUUAACCAUGUUUCGUUCAUUGAAUCUGCUUCUUGUUCGGACUCUGGCUCUGAUUCCUUGGAGGAUGGUCCAAUUAGCCAGAAGGAAAUCGGUAGCUCGAGAAGAGAGGAAGCUGUAUCGAAAGCUAUUGCAAUAGAAGAGAAAGGAGUCUACAAUAAGUUGUUGGAGAGAAAAAUCGAGAAACUAGAGGAAGAAAAAACCCAACCUUUUCCGAUGAAACAUAUAUUAGCAAUGGAGACAAGUUGGUACACAAGCCCUGAAGAGGAUUUUGGUUCUUCAAGUACUUGUGCUUCAGAUGUUUACCGCCUUGGCGUUCUUCUUUUCGAGCUAUUUUGCCCUGUACCUUCAAGAGAAGAGAAGUCUAGAACUAUGUCUAGUCUUAGACAUCGCGUUCUUCCGCCUCAGAUAUUGCUCAAAUGUCCAAAAGAAGCUUCUUUCUGCUUGUGGUUACUGCAUCCUGAGCCAACUUGUCGACCAUCAAUGAGUGACUUGCUGCAAAGCGAGUUUAUAACUGAACCUAGAGAUAAUUUGGAAGAACGUGAAGCAGCAAUCGAGCUUCGGGACAGAAUCGAGGAACAGGAGUCGUUACUCGAGUUCUUGUUACUGAUUCAACAGAGGAAGCAAGAAUCUGCGUAUAGAUUGCAGGAUACUGUUUCACUUCUUUCUUCUGACAUUGAGCAAGUUGUAAAGAGACAGUUAAUUUUGAAGAAAAGGGGAAGCUCACUCUCUGAUUUCAGUAAAGAUGAUCAUCAAUAUACCUCUGGUCAGCCAUUGAUGAGUUUCCAGGCAAACGAGGAGCCAUCAGCAUUCUUGGCCUCAAGAAAACGGGUUAGACAAGGGAUUCUGGCAUUGGAAAACGGUGUUGAAGUUGAUGAAGAGAGUCAAGGAAGCACACUUCUUGAAAGCUCCCGGUUGAUGAGAAACUUCAAGAAACUAGAAUCGGUCUACUUUCUGACAAGGCGCAGGCAAAUGAAGGCUGCUGCUUCAGGGAAAUCAUUAACUAGACAUUCGCCGUUAAGUAGUGAAAAUGGAAGAGGUUCUAUGAUUGUCUCAGAGAAAAGUUCAGUAAGCAACCCGGUGGCACCCAAAGCUUUCUUCAAUAAUGACUCGAGACAAGGGGGGUGGAUAGAUCCUUUCCUUGAGGGUUUGUGCAGAUAUUUAUCAUUCAGUCAGCUAAGAGUGAAAGCUGAUUUGAAACAAGGAGAUUUGUUGAACUCUUCUAACCUCGUUUGCGCUCUUGCGUUUGACCGAGAAGGAGAAUUAUUCGCCACUGCGGGAGUCAACAAGAAAAUCAAGAUAUUCGAAUGUAACUCCAUAGUAAACGAUAACCGGGAUAUUCACUAUCCGGUGGUGGAAUUGGCUGGUCGGUCAAAGCUAAGUAGUUUAUGUUGGAACAGCUACAUAAAGAGCCAAAUUGCAUCAAGUAACUUUGAUGGUGUUGUUCAGAUAUGGGAUGUUGCAAGAAGCCAGUUGGUUACAGAGAUGAAGGAGCACAAGAAGCGAGUAUGGUCCAUCGAUAUUUCAUCAGCAGACCCGACUUUGCUGGCUAGCGGAAGCGAUGAUGGAACCGUUAAGCUCUGGAGUAUCAAUCAGGCAAUUCUAAUUUGAAAUGUCGGCUAUUGAAAACUGAAACUGAUUUCUACAAUAAUGCAAACAUCUUCAUUCUCAGAAUGUAUGAUUAAGAGUUUGUUUUUCUUGGAAAUGUUUUCAGGGAGUUAGCAUUGGGACCAUCAAGACAAAGGCCAAUGUAUGCUGUGUCCAGUUUCCAUCAGACUCCGGACGGUCUCUAGCAUUUGGUUCUGCAGAUCAUAAAGUGUAUUACUACGAUCUUCGAAACCCCAAGAUUCCUCUGUGCACAAUGAUUGGUCAUAGCAAGACAGUGAGUUAUGUCAAGUUUGUAGAUUCAUCCACUCUUGUGUCCUCUUCUACUGAUAACACACUGAAGCUUUGGGACUUGUCGAUGUCUGCUUCUGGGAUUAAUGAAUCCCCUCUUCACUCAUUCACUGGACACACUAAUUUAAAGAACUUUGUUGGCUUAUCGGUCUCUGAUGGGUAUAUAGCAACAGGCUCAGAGACUAACGAGGUUUUCGUGUACCACAAGGCAUUCCCAAUGCCAGUGAUGUCGUACAUGUUCAACAACACUGACUCUAUGUCUGGUCUCGAAGUGGACGAUGCAUCACAGUUCAUAUCUUCAAUCUGCUGGCGAGGACAGUCGUCUACGUUAGUCGCUGCUAACUCCAAUGGCAACAUAAAAAUUCUGGAGAUGAUGACUUGAGCCUCUCAUAGAUCUCUUGUUCUUCUUCUCCGCAAGAGAUAUGCUCUGCUGGAGUGAUUGAUAUAGGGUAAACCAUUUUUACCAAAAAAAAAAAAAGAUAGGAAAGUGGAAACAUUGUGUAUAGAAUUUCUAUUGAGAAAAAAAAAAGAAGAGAGGAUACAAAUAUUGGAUCUUUGUAUUUGUAUAUUCUGUUAUAACUGAAAACAUCUCAAUAAAAAAAGGUUAUAAUUUU